CUUCCUUUCUUUCCCUUCUUCUUGCCCUUCCCCGAUUCUUUUCGACGCCAUUUAAAACCCUAAUUCAGAAUCUAACGUAGCAGCAAAUCUCCGUAACAGAACAAAGUUCACGUAGGAAAGUUGAUCGGGUAUUCUGCAAUUUCACCACUUCCCCUCGUUUCCUCUCAAAAAAAUUGCAACCAAACACAGUUCCUUACUGACUUCAAGAUGUUGAUGGAUUUAUAUUCUUGUGGCUUAUUUUAAAGGCAGCCCUGAGAACUGGUUCAAUGAGAAGAGGUCUGGGGUUUAGGAAUUAGAGAUAUUGGGUGCAACACUUGCUUUGAACUUUGUUUACAGAACGAUGAGUAGAUAAAAAGUACAAGUCAAAGGCCUUUGUAGGAAAUCCCUGUCCAAACUAUUUCUCACCACCGUGUUACUUAUUAAAUAAGUUCUACAAUUUUAUACUUGCAACUGAAUUUGCAUCAGGCAUGUUUUGGUAAAUCAAUUGUGUAAUUCUGUUUGGUUUGCUAAAAAUUUUGGUAGAGAAACAGGGGAACCUGGGUUACUAAAAUUGUUUUUAACUCAAUUUUUUGUUGCUCUGGUGAGGGAGCAGUCGGAGAAAAUUGAGCUCUCCUAGUAAUCUAUUUCUAUCAUUUUGAAAACUUUUCUAUCAAUUAAACAACAUACACGUUCAAUUUGUGGGGGAACCAGUUUUCCAUUCUGUUUCUGAGAAACCAGGCGCUCAGUUUUGAGCUAUGCUCGUGUCAGCACUCUUCUACUUAUAAGUUAUUUCUGGUGCAUUUUGUCAGUAAAUUCCAUAUUUUCUCACUAUUCUGAACCGUUAACAAAGCUAUAUAUCUAAUGUUGAAAAUCAGAUAUAUUAGUUAAGUCAUGGAAAUGCAAGACCCUCGACUGGUCUCACCCGAUGAAGCUACUCACCUAAAGCCAAAGAAAAAGAAGCCACUAAACCAAGUUGCUCCUACAAUUCAGAAGAAAGGAGAGGCUUACAAAGGCAAGGAAACUCUUCAUCCUCCCUCGAAAACCAAGAAGGUCUCCAAGAAAGUAACGAAAGCCGACACAUCUCCACAUCUUCAACAGAUGAAUGCUUUGACUCCGGACUCUAUUAUACCGGAAGCCUCGAUCUCUAGUGGUGACUAUAGAGCUUUGAGGCAUAAGUAUUUGUUGCUAGAGGAAGAAAGCUUGUCCUUGGAUAGGGAGCUGAACAAAGCUGAAGGUGAAGUCAAGACUCUUGAAGAUGAGAAGUUAGCUCUUUUAGACCAGCUAGUUGUAUUAGAAGGUCUUAUAGAUCCUUCAGAAAUCAAGUCCCAAGGGAAGCUGUAAGGGGGGAAGAAGUUACGUAUUCCUAUUCAGCUUGCUCUCUAUUUAACCGGUUGAUGGCCGAUGUAGUUAUGUGAUACAUGGAAUAGGGUAAAAGAGGGAAGGGGGAGUUCUUAUCGUCGAUAUGUUAUAUUUUGUAUGUGGUAUUUCUACUGAAAAUAUCUUUUACUGAUGAGAAUGUUGAGAUACGGUAGAUAGAA